AUCUGGGAAGCUCUGUGGACGCAGGCAGGGCUGUGGUGGUGCCGCUGGAGAGAUCUUACAGAUUCGCAAGCAAAAUGAGCGCCCAGCCGUUGAGUAACAUCAGCAGGAAGCCCGGCCUGCAGAUAUGGUCCAUCGAGAAAAUGAAAAUGGUUCCUCUCCCUGAAAAGGCUUACGGAAGCUUUUUCGAAGGCGACUGUUACAUCAUCUUAUAUAGUAAGAAGAUUGCCAACGGCCUGUCCAGCGAUAUCCAUUACUGGAUAGGGAAGGACUCCACGCAGGAUGAACAGGGGGCCGCCGCUCUCUAUACCACCCAGCUGGACGAGUCCCUGGGUGGGAGUCCAAUCCAGCACAGGGAGGUGCAAGGACACGAAUCGGAGACCUUUAAGAGCUACUUCAAAAAUGGCGUCAUAUACAAGAAAGGAGGUAUAGCUUCGGGAUUCAAACACGUGGAGACCAACAUGUACAACAUACGACGUCUGCUCCACGUGAAAGGAAGGAAACAUGUCACAGCCACGGAGGUGGAUUUAUCAUGGAACAGUUUCAAUAAAGGCGACGUCUUCCUGCUGGAUCUGGGGAAAGUCAUCAUCCAGUGGAACGGGCCGGAGAGCAAUAAGUCCGAGAGGAUACGGGGCUGCGCUUUGGCUCAGAGCAUUAGGGACGACGAACGUGGUGGCAGAGCCCAGAUUGGCAUCAUAGACAACGAGCCGGACUCUCCUGACCUGAUGCAGAUCAUGGCGGCCGUGUUGGGCGCGAGAACCGGGGAGCUAAAAGAAGCCACGCAAGACGAGAAAGCAGAUGAACAGCAGAAGUCAAAUGUUCGCCUGUACCAUGUUUUCGAAAAGGAUGGGGACCUGGUGGUUCAGGAGACGGCCACAAAGCCCCUGACUCAAGAUCUUUUACACCACGAGGAUUGCCAUAUUCUAGAUCAAGGUGGAGUGAAGAUUUACGUCUGGAGAGGGAAGAACUCAAGUCCAGAGGAGAAGAAGGCAGCUUUUAGCAGAGCCGUGGGUUUCAUACAAGCCAAAGGCUAUCCGGCCACUACAAAUGUGGAGGUAAUGAAUGAUGGAGCAGAGUCCAGCAUGUUCAAGCAGCUCUUCCAGAACUGGAAAGAUGUCGGAGAAACACAGGGCCUGGGGAAGGCUUACCAAGUUGGUAAAAUCGCCAAAGUUGAUCAAGUGAAGUUUGACAUCAAUGAACUUUAUGCAAGGCCAGAGUUAGCUGCCGAGCAGCGGAUGGUGGAUGACGCCUCGGGGACGGUAGAGGUGUGGAGAAUCGAAAAACUAGAACUGAAAGAAGUUGAUCCUAAAACCUACGGACGUUUCUACGGCGGGGACUGCUACUUGGUGCUUUAUACGUACAUAAAGUCUGGAAAACCAAAUUAUCUCCUUUACAUGUGGCUGGGGCGCCACGCGACACAAGACGAGAUCACGGCAUGCGCGUACCAGGCCGUCCAACUGGAUCGCAAGUACCACGACCAACCGGUCCAAAUCCGCGUGACCAUGGGCAAAGAACCAAAGCAUUUCCAGGCCAUCUUUAAAGGGAAGAUGAUCAUAUAUGAGGGAGGAACCAGUCGAGAAAACAACAAGGAGCCGGAGCCACCAAUCAGAUUGUUCCAAGUCAGGGGGACCGAUGAGUACAACACGAAGGCCACGGAAGUUCCGGCCAGAUCUGUUUCUCUCAACUCCAACGACGUGUUUGUGUUAAAAACCGAUGCCGUGUGCUAUCUGUGGUGCGGAAAGGGCUGCAGUGGCGAUGAGCGGGAAAUGGCCAAAACCGUGGCAAAUAUCAUCUCCAAGCAGGACAAGCAGACGGUCCUAGAGGGUCAGGAGCCGGCGGAAUUCUGGGUGGCCCUCGGAGGGAAAGCUCCUUACGCCAGCGAUAAAAGAUUCCAGGAAGCCGUGGUGCAGUACAAACCCCGGCUCUUCGAAUGCUCCAAUCAGACGGGUCGUUUCAUCAUGACAGAAGUGGUCGAUUUUACCCAAAGUGACCUCGACGAAGAUGACGUAAUGUUACUGGAUACGUGGGAAGAGCUCUUCCUUUGGGUCGGUAAAUCGGCCAAUGAAUAUGAAAAGAAUGAAUCGAUAACCUCAGCAAAAGAAUACCUGAAGUCGCACCCCGCCGGCCGGGACUUGGCUACCCCCAUUAUAACCGUGAAACAAGGGUACGAGCCCCCCACCUUCACGGGCUGGUUCGACGCCUGGGACUCACACAAGUGGAGCUCAGGACUGUCGUAUGAAGAUAUGAAGAAGAAUUUAGGAGACGUCUCGGCUAUCUCGCAGAUCAGCGUGGACCUACAAAACACCAACCUCAACAAAAGCAGCACAAAUAAACCCAGCGCCCCCGCCAAAACCGAAAACGCCGUCUACAAGAGCCAUAGCAAUGGAAAUCCGCAGAAGAGCAACGGUAACCUGGCAACAACCAAUGGCAGCCAGUCCCCGGUCCAGGUCAAACAGAACGUCGGGCCGCUGCCCGAGAGCAACGGCAAUCAGUGGUUUGAGAAAUCCCUUAUUCUUAACAAGACAGCGGAGGAACUGCCCGACGGAGUGGACCCCACCAAAAAGGAGGUUUACCUCUCCGACGAAGACUUUGGCAGCAUUCUGGGGAUGUCCAAAGCGGAUUUCUACCAGCUGCCCAAGUGGAAGCAGCAAAACCUGAAAAAACAGAGCGGCUUGUUUUAAAGAAACUUUGAAACCGAUUUAUUUGGACAAAAAAACCUCAAAAAAUUCCCCAAAAAGAAAA